AUGGCGGCGGCAAUAACGGUGGCGAGGCAGUGAGGGAGCCUCAGCGCUCGGCGGCCGGCCGCAGGAAGUGGGUGUGGCUUCCUCUUUCCAGAUCAGCCGUUUGAGAUGCCGAUGAAGGCCACAUAUCUGACAACUUCAGAUUGGUAAAUCUGAGCCAGUUCCAGGGUGACAACUUGUAACAGGCAGUAUAAUGCGGAAGCCAAGUCCUCAGAAAGAUCCUGGGUAAGGUGCCAGAUACAGAGGGCUGCACAGUAGCGUGUGGGGAAACAUUGACAGACUGGAUGCAGCAAACUGGUAUGCUGUUUUCAUCAGCUUGCAUCCUGACACAUCAGGAGGAUUGUCAGUGGACUGUUUGGACCAUGUCUGCAAUAGACUGGAAAGAUGGCAAAAAGCACAAGUAUGGGCGCCUGUCAGAACCUCCUUCUCAGUACCAAGGUCACUUUGCCUGGGAUAAAUACUUGAAAGAGACAUGUUCCAUCCCAGCUCCUGCCCAUUGCUUCAAGCAGUCAUACACCCCACCAACCAAUGAAUUCAAGAUCAGCAUGAAGUUAGAAGCCCAGGACCCCAGAAACACCACCUCCACUUGCAUUGCUACUGUGGUGGGUCUGACAGGUGCCCGUCUCCGAUUGCGCCUGGAUGGCAGUGAUAAUAAGAAUGACUUUUGGCGUCUGGUGGAUUCUGCAGAAAUUCAGCCCAUCGGCAAUUGUGAAAAGAAUGGAGGGAUGCUACAGCCUCCUUUGGGGUUUCGGCUGAAUGCUUCCUCUUGGCCCAUGUUUCUCCUGAAGACACUGAAUGGAGCAGAAAUGGCUCCUGUUCGGAUUUUUCAUAAGGAGCCACCAUCUCCAUCCCAGAACUUCUUUAAGAUGGGGAUGAAACUGGAGGCAGUAGACAGGAAAAACCCACACUUCAUCUGCCCAGCCACCAUUGGUGAGGUGCGGGGUUCUGAGGUCCUCAUCACUUUUGAUGGCUGGAGGGGAGCUUUUGAUUACUGGUGCCGUUAUGAUUCUCGUGACAUCUUUCCUGUUGGCUGGUGUUCACUGACUGGCGACAACUUGCAGCCCCCUGGAACAAAAGUGGUGAUUCCAAAGAGCCCAUUCCCUGUCUCUGAUGUGAUCUCUGAAAAGAGCAGCAUGCACAGUGGCACAAAGUCGAUUCUGGAACAUCAGCCCGGACAAAGGGGGCGCAAACCUGGUCGUAAGCGAGGCCGGACACCCAAGGCUCUAACCAGCCACCCCCUCCCCACCCCCUCCAAAGCAGUAGAGCCUCUGAAGUUCCCCAAAAAGAGGGGACCAAAGCCUGGCAGUAAGAGGAAGCCCCGGACGUUAUUAAACCCAGCACCCACCUCCCCUACAACCAGCACUCCUGAACCUGACACUAGUACAGUACCGCAAGAUGCAGCUACUAUCCCUAGCUCUGCUAUGCAGGCCCCUACAGUGUGUAUCUACUUGAAUAAGAAUGGUGGCACCGGGCCUCACCUGGACAAAAAAAAAGUCCAGCAACUACCCGACCAUUUUGGGCCAGCUCGAGCAUCCGUAGUCCUGCAGCAAGCAGUCCAGGCUUGCAUCGACUGUGCUUACCACCAGAAAACUGUCUUCUCAUUCCUAAAGCAAGGCCAUGGAGGCGAGGUCAUUUCAGCUGUGUUCGACCAUGAGCAGCAUACUCUGAACUUGCCAGCCGUCAACAGCAUCACCUAUGUCCUCCGCUUCCUUGAGAAACUCUGCCACAACCUGCGCAGCGACAACCUUUUUGGGAACCAGCCAUUCACGCAGCACCAUAUGCAGCACUCCCGCGAGUACGACCACGACAGGUACCUACCAGACAGGAACAUGUCGUUAGACGGCUCUCUACAGGGACCAGGCCGGGGUACAAAGAGAUAUUCCCAAGAUUCCCUUUCUUACAGUGCUCCUCUCUGCCCCAAGUUACCAAAGAAUGACCGUCACCCUUUGGAAGGUGAAACUUUCGUUUUGAGCGACGGCCUGCCAGGCCCCUUGGAGCCUCGUCUGGACCCUCUGGACUCUGCCUUGAAUGCUGUCAACACAUCCAGUCCCAGCAGGAACUCAAGAGACUACCGACUUCAGGGAUACAGGCACCUUCACCAGCCCUCCAGCCUCACUCAGUGCAGUACCUCUGCCUUGCAUAGACUUAGCGCUGGGGGCUCUGACAGAUACCACGGUCCUCGAGACAUCUCACGGUUGGGCACCCGGGACCCCUCUGCCUGGACAGUGGAAAACGUCAUGCAGUUCGUGAGAGAAGCUGACCCCCAACUGGGACCCCAUGCAGACCUCUUCCGAAAACAUGAGAUUGACGGCAAGGCCUUGCUGUUGUUGCGCAGCGAUAUGAUGAUGAAGUACAUGGGCUUGAAGCUGGGGCCGGCGCUGAAGCUCACCUACCACAUUGACAAGUUAAAACAGGGCAAGUUCUGAAAAAGAUCCUUUCUGGCGCAGUUUUGGCUGAAGUGGUGCCCUCAACUCCCUGCGCAUGCCCGUAAGGCACGCCUACAUUCCUCACCCACCGCAUCACAGAGCUACGAGGACACCUUCUUUGCCAGCAAAGAGAAGGUGGUGUGCUGGAGAAAGGCCCUGGGCACUCCCGAACAGUCAAAUGAGACUUCCGUAGAGACUUGUUGGCACAAAGGGAUGGGAUGUUCCCUCUGCUUUCCGCUGGUGGAGUUUGGGAGCGCAGCCCACCCUACAGGGAAGGUGAUGCUUCUCCUUGUGUGUAUGGAGCUCCGGCUGUUCAGUCCUUUUCCAGAUGCGCCACAUUCUUCUGCUGCCCUCCUUGAGAACCUUCUUCGUGCAAGGACUCAACCUUGGCAAUGCCAAGAGGUGUUCCCUUUUCUGUGCCAUACAGAACAGACUGCAAGGAGCCAGCUCUGGCAUAAGACAAGCAGUUGCUGCUAACCAGAUUGUUCACUCCCUUGGGUACCAGGGUGGGGAGGAUACGGCAGAGGGGACACCACCCUGCUGGCCCUGCUGUCUGAGUAUGGAUCUCUCUCUCUUCACUUGGUGCUGUUAUGGCCUCUUCCUCCAGGGAGGUCUCAAGCAAGCGGUUUUCCUGUUUUGCGGGCCUGAGGGCAGAAAGCUCUAAUAUUUAUUUCAAACAGGGAGGGGAGGAUACUUGUGAUGAGCGCAGCAGUGAAUCUGCGUUGCUAUCGCCUUCGCCCACCUUUGCAGCUCUCCAAGUGGGCUGGUUGGAGCGGGGAGGGAGGAAAGCCUAAGUUCCCUUACCCAAGUGUCACAGGACACGCAGCUGAACAGUCCAGUCUUUCCUUUUCCUAAGCGUCUGAAAUGUUUUUUCUACUUGCUAUUGAAAUGGCGACUGUUUUAACUUUUUUUCUGGGAAAUUAAAUGUUUCUUAUUCCACAA